AUGAUUCGUUUAAGGUACCUUCACCUUGGUUCAAAGCAUUUGAAUGGAACCAUUCUCAGGUCCAUUAGUUCCUUGACAGAAUUAAGGCACCUUGACCUUUCUGAUAACUCUGUUUAUGGAAUCAUCCCUCUAGAGUUUGGAAACCUCACAAACUUGCAAGUGCUUAAUCUUGGAUCCCUUGGAACGUGUAGAGUUGGGAACCUAGAGUGGUUAUCUCAUCUUUCUCAUUUGGAGGCACUUGAUAUGCAUGGGAUUUCUCUAGCCAAACAAAAUUAUUGGGUGGAUGUGAUUUUGAAUAUCCGGAAACUAUCUUUUUUAAGCUUAGGGGGAUGUGAGCUCUCACAGGUCAUGUAUCCAUAUUCUUCUUCAUUUCUCAACUCUUCUUCAUUAAUUGAAUACCUUUUUCUUGGAAACAACAAUCUCAACUCAUCCAUGUAUGGUUGGUUGUUCCCAUUAACCAGCAAUAAGCUUCGCAUUCUUGAGCUCUCUGGAAAUUUGUUAGAUGGGAUACCCAAAUAUCUUGCUAGCCUCUGUAGUUUGGAAAUUUUGUUGUUCGAUAACAACUCUGUUGUCAAAUUUCCUGAUUUUCUUAACAACUUCUCUGGAUGCACAUCGCUUACAUUACAAGCGUUGUUUGUUCGUCAUAACCGAUUUAUAGGGACACGCUCCAAUGAGACCCUAACAUUGAAAAAUCUUGCCACUCUUGAUAUGACCUCUUGCAAUCUAGGGCCUUACUUCCCAAGAUGGAUUCAAACUCUGAAAAAUCUUUCGUAUCUUGAUAUUGGCAAUAAUGGAAUUUCAGACACAAUUCCUCCGGGGUUUUGGGACAUGUGGCCUUCUCAAUUAAGAUAUCUGAAUCUCUCUUCCAACAACAUCAGCGGGGAAAGCAUCAGAUUUAUCAUCAAAUAUUGGCAGCACUUCUUGGAUAGAUUUGAGUUCCAACAAAUUUUAUGGUCCAAUAACAAAAUAUCUCUUCCACUGUGGCAUUACUAG